AUGUCAUCCAAGGUUCUUAUCAUCAAUGCCGACGAUUUCGGCUAUUGUCCUAGACGAAAUGCUGCCAUUAUCGAUCUUUGUCGCCGACAGCUUAUCUCAUCAACCAGUUUAUUGAUCAAUGGAGAUUAUGCGAGUCAAGCUCGUACAUUGGCUGCUCUAUACCACAUACCGAUCGGUUUACAUUUAAAUCUGACUGAAGGCCGACCGAUCACGACCGAUUUGAGUCGCAUUCGAUCAUUAGUCGAUGCAUACGGCAUGAUGCACGGUAAAAUCGGUCUGCGUAAUGCAAUCGACCAGGGAUCGAUCGAUAUGACUCAUGUUGAAUAUGAAAUUGAAAUGCAAUUUCGUCAAUAUCGACAAUGGACAACAGACGGACAAUAUCCGAUGCAUAUCGAUGGCCAUCAACAUAUUCACGUUCAUCCGAUGUUAGCCGAGUGCAUCGCUCGGCAAGCGUAUCGCUUCGAUGUGAAAUAUAUUCGUGUGCCGUUUGAUCAAGCAAUUCUCGCCAUGUCGAAUCCAGAGCCAUUUUAUCGAACUGUGGUCGAACAGACUCGCUACGCUCGAACGGUUUUUGAUCGUUAUGGUCUUUGCUAUCCGUCCUAUUUUAUCGGUUUGACUACUAUGGGUCGAGCAAUGACAUACGAGAAUCUCGAAAGAUGUUUUCAAACGUUUACAUCGGAUGAAACAUCUAGCAUCGCCGAACUAAUGUGUCAUCCGGGUUAUCCAAGUGAAAUAUCCAUCGGAGGUUGCGGAACGGGACAGCCGGAUGAAUUUUCCUGUUCGCUAGAUCGUCAGCAUGAAUUCGAUCUGUUAUUUUGCGACGAAUUUCGGCAACUUUUGGCUAAAUACCGUAUUCAUCUCGGAACCUAUGCCGAUAUCGAUCACAAUUACAAACGAGAUUGA